AAAUAAAUCGCGAAACCUCUAUCUGUCACUCAAUCACGUGACUACCACAGAAGAUCCCACCCACUUAACUAGUUAAAAUCAACUCAGAUGGCCGACUCAACCGAAACGAAUCGUCAAAAUCGACUUCUGACUCAACUGAGUCACCCGGAUAGCUCACUCGUCGUUCUCGGCGAUUCCCACUCCGUCCUUCCUUUCCUGCACUCACAACAGCCUGACAUCGAACCGGCAGCGGCGCAUCGACCGGAUGAAGAAUGGAGACGAAUGUUCAACUCGGAGCAUUACCUCGAUCAUGUCAAAGAGUUGGGCUUGAAAGGACGAUUACGGAGCGGCAUCGCGUUUAGAAGUGUCUGUUGGAAGAUAUUUCUUGGUGUACUUCCUGAACAGCGACGGGAGUGGAAGAGUAAGACGUUAGAAGAUAGACAACGAUACAGUAGAAUUAGAAAGAAGCAUGUUACAGAGCCAUUUGAGAAGAUGAAGGCUCAGGAUAAUUUGGUUGUCAAUAAUCCGUUGUCUCAGGAAACAGAAAGUCCUUGGAAUCAGUACUUCCAGGAUGACAAUUUGAGACGAGAAAUAAAGCAAGAUGUAGAUAGAACCUUUCCUGAAGUAGAGUUCUUUAAAGAUUCUAGAAUCAGAACAAUGCUUAUGGAUGUUCUCUUUUGCUAUGCCAAGGAACACAGUAAUCUUGCAUACAGACAGGGAGUUCAUGAGCUUCUAGCUCCAAUAAUUUUUGUCGUAGACUCAGACAAACGAGAUUCUUCAGACAACUUAGAUUCACAAUCAGAAAUAGAAGAAGAGAUGAACCUGAUUAUGGACUCUGAUAGUGUAGAAAGUGAUUCAUUUCUUCUACUAGAGGCACUGAUGGAGUCAUGUCACAUAUGGUAUAUACAGAAAGUGGAAAUUAGAGGCUUAGAAGGGAAGAAGAGGAAUGAUCAGCAGCUGUUUAUUGAUGAGGAACGAGCAGAACUCAUGUCGUCACCUCUUGCUAAGAAACUCGAUCGUAUACAAAACAAAGUGCUUCGAGAACACGAUCCCGUUCUACACUCACAUUUGGAGAGACUGGGCAUUGCACCACAAGUCUAUGGAAUUCGAUGGAUUCGGCUCUUGUUUGGUCGUGAGUUUCCACUAGAAGGUCUCCUAGUUGUGUGGGAUGCGAUAUUUGCCUACAGUCCGUCACUGAGUCUUGUUGACUACAUAUGUGUGGCAAUGCUGCAAUUUAUUAGGAACAUAUUGAUUGGUGAGGACUAUCCGACAUGUAUGCAGAUGUUGAUGCGUUUUCCAUCUGUUGGAGAUACUCACUAUUUGGUAGAGAGAGCACUGCAUCUACGAAAUCCUAAGAUCUACCCCGAACCUCCAUCGUGGCAAUAUCACAAAGUCGACACGUCGCCCAUACUUCCCAGAUCACCUCGUAAAGGAAAACGCUUCGAUGGCGUAGGAAAAGCCAUCACCUCCAAGGCAUCCAAAGUUGCAACUCCCGUUGCUGCUGUGGCUCGUCACCUUGUCCAUAAGCGUUCGCCUCAGCAGUCAAACACGAGACACAACACUGCUGACACACAAGACAAAUUGAUUGACCUGAGACAGGCAUAUGGUGUACAACAGACAUCACAUGUUAGAGGAGACAGAACGUCGGACCAUUCGACGUCUGCAGAUAGAAGCUCUGGGUCAGAGUUUCAUGACGGCAGCUUGCCUACUAGUAGUAGACGGUGGUCAUCGAGUGUAGACUUGAAUGAGUUGCAGAAAGAGUUGGAUAAGAAGGAGACGCUUUGCCUGCAUUGCAGUCACAAAAUGGAUACGUUUCUUGAUCAGCUUCAGGAUAACUUGCAUCAGGUGGAUUUGCCACACGAGCAGGAAGACAACGUGUUGUUGGCUCUUGCUGGUUUAAAACAGGUUCGAGAUUUAUUGAAAGGCACAUUGAAACUGAGCGGCACUGUAACAGAAAUGGACAUGGAGUCUCUCACAACGGCACGCCGAACACGUCCACAAAGCAUCGACCACAACCCAUUCGACGUCACACACGAUCCUUCCUCUCCAGACAAGAAAACACCAGAAGACAACACCACCUGGGAAGACUCCCCCCUAGCAUCAGACACAGUCGCUCCAACUCCACCAAUCACAUCACCCCUAAACAUGUCACCCCUCUCCGACCCACUCGGUGCUGCAUUUGCUAAUCCCCCAGUCACUUUGUCUGUACAACCGGACGAAGACAGUGGCGAGGUGUCGACCGAGUCUCCCGUCGUCUCGAGCGAUUCUGGCAGGAUUUCUCCCUUUGAACCGGUGGAGGAGGAACUAACACAGCCAGACACGACUGAGGAUGAGAACUACGUGCUUGUUGACAGAGAGAAUUAGUUUGGAAUGAUGACAUUGUGUAUGCACUAUGUUGCGAUUAUUGAGUGUCGAAUGAGGCACGGAUUCAUAGUAUUUUGUUACGUUGUGUAAUGCGUGGUUGUAUAGGUGAGAGACAUGAUGUUAUGGAUUUCUCGCUUGCAAAUCAUAUUAUGUAGUUUCUGGCUUCAGUGAAUGAAACUAGAUUUCUCGGAA